CAGCCUCCGUUUGCUGGCUAGAUGCGUCCAAAAAAAAAAGCUCCUUCGCUCCAGCCACUCGACUUGAGCAAUGGCUAGUCAACUGCUGAUGGCGGCGGCGACCCCGUCUACGGCCACCGCCGCCACCACCAUCACAACCGCCGCAGCCGCCAACAACACCACAUCCCGCACUUCCACCUCUCCCGCCUCCACCAUAUUCUCCCUCACCGAAGACGACCUCCGCGAGAUCUUCCUCCGUCUCCCGGACCUCCCGACCCUCGUCCGCGCCGCGCUCACCUGCCGUCCAUGGCUCAGCGCCGUACGCUCCUCCCGGCCCUUCCGCCGCCUCUUCCGCGCCCUCCACCCGGCGCCGCUCAUCGGCCUCUUCCUCAAGAUAGGCAGCGGCAGCGCCCCCUCCUUCCUCCCCCUGUGCCGCUCCGACCCCGUCGUCAACGCCGCCCUCCGCCGCGGCGACUUCUUCCUCACCUCCCUCCCGCCGUCGCCCAAGGGCUGGAGCCUCGCGGACUGCCGCGACGGCUACGUCCUCCUGUGGAACGCCAGCCAACACAGGCCGUCCGUCGCCGCCCUCAACCCCAUCACCUGGGCCGUCGACGUCCUCCCGCCGGUGCCCGGCCAGAUGACGGCCGGGAGCCGCCGCGACGUCUCCGUCCUCGGCUUCCACCUGGUCUCCUCCGAAGAGAGCCCCUGCUCGUUCCGCGUGACCUGCGUCUGCACGGACCGGCGCAGGGUGCGCGCCGCCGUCUUCUCGUCGAACACGUCGGAGUGGGCUAUCGGGCCGUGGGUGCGCGUCGGCGGAUACUGCAGCCUCAAGUACAUGGCCGGCACGCUGGUGGGUGGCUCCGUUUUCUGGCCCUAUCACGGCGAGGCGCGCAUGGUAAGGAUCCACACGGCCACCAUGGAUGUCUCCUUCGUGGAUCUGCCCCCGGGAGUGCACAAGUCCGGGCACAAUAUCGGCAUCGGGGAGACUAAGAGUGGUGAACUCUGCAUUGUCUAUGCAUCUGAUUUCACCCUUCAUGUUUGGAUUCGUCGUCCUAGCAUGGAUGGGACCGAGAUUUGGGCGCCGCCGACUGUACUCCAGUUGGAUGAACGUAUCGAUCAGCUCACUCACGCCUCCGUUCUGGACAUGCAGCUCCAUCUCAAAAUUGUGCAAGUAAGUCCUGGACUCGUGCACUUCUCGGCGACAUGCACGACCCAUAUCGGCACUCUCCGCUGCUGGUUCUUCUCACUUUCAUUGGAGACCAUGGUGCUUGAUUUACUGCUUCAGGGGAGCUUUGAUGGGGUUGCCCAUCUGUAUAAUAUGGGCUGGCCUCCUUGUUUGGUUGGUGAUGGUGAGAACAUUGGACAUGAAUGAUGUUGAAGGUUCUCAAGGAAUUGAGUAUUCAGUUGCCUAUCAUCUGCGAAAGAAGAUAUUGAUGGGAAACCGUGGGAUGACUUAACUGUUACCAAGUACUUUGUUGAUGCAAAAGAAUACCUGGUUGGUAUUGACAACCCGAAGAACAUUCCUCUGCUCCUUGUAUCUUAAGUAUGGCUUGCUGAUUCUCAUAGAAACCUUUUGAUUCUUUGAACAAUUAGUAAUGUUAAUGUCGGAGCUAAUGGAUUUUAUGGGGAGAUUGGAUUUCGUUCUGCUGCA